GAGCAGCAGCGAGCAAUGGCAAUGGCAGCGGCGGCGUCCACCAUAGAGGUUGAGCAUGACCUCCCCGGCUUCCGGUUCCACCCCACGGAGGAGGAGCUCCUCGGCUUCUACCUCUCACGCGUCGCCCUGGGCAAGAAGCUCCACUUCGACAUCAUCGGCACCCUCAACAUCUACCGCCACGAUCCCUGGGAUCUUCCCGGGAUGGCAAAGAUCGGGGAGAGGGAGUGGUACUUCUUCGUGCCGCGUGACCGGAAGGCGGGUUGCGGCGGGCGGCCGAGCCGGACGACGGAGCGGGGGUUCUGGAAGGCGACGGGGUCGGACAGGGCCAUCCGCAGUACCGCCGACCCCAAGCGGGUCAUCGGAAUCAAGAAGACGCUCGUCUUCUACAAAGGCCGCGCACCGCGGGGCACCAAGACGGACUGGGUCAUGAACGAGUACCGCCUCCCCGACACCGGCGCGGCGCCGCCCAAGGAGGACACUGUGCUGUGCAAGGUGUACCGGAAGGCCACGCCGCUCAAGGAGCUCGAACAGAGAGCCUAUGAGAUGGAGGAGGUGAAGCAGAGGUCCGGAGGCAACGGUGGGUACGGCUACGGCGGCGCGGCGAGAGCUUGUCCGGUCCCGACCUCCGACACGUCCGCUGUCGACGACUACUUUCCAUCGUCCGACGACGUGCAGGACAACUUCAUGACCCCCUCCUUUUCUUCCUCCUCCUCGGUGGCGCCGUCUGGCAACAGCAGCAGCCACGACGCACCCAGGGUUGCCAAGAAGGAAGCGGACCUCGGCAGGGUGACCGUGCCGUCGACGUCGUCUGUGCCGCAAUCGGCCAACACGCCCUUACGUCUUCAGCUCCCGGCCGUGAACCCACCCUGCGGCCUCCAGCUACCGGCGGCGAACCAUGGGAUGUCGAACUUAUCAAGCCUACCGGCGGCGAGCCACGGGGUGCUGGACCUGCCGAGCCAGCAGCUGCCAGCGGCGGGCAACCAGGGAGUGUUCGACUGGCUGCAGGACCCGUUCCUGACGCAGCUGCGCAGCCCGUGGCAGGAUCAGCAUUGUGUAUCACCUUACGCCCAUCUGCUCUACUAUUGACCGACGAGCUCACGGUCGAUCUCCAGACGCAAGCUUGAACCAGAGUAGGUAGUUAGCUGUGAAUUCAGUUGUACAUGAUGUUUAGCUCACGGUCGAUCUCUAGACGUCCACCUCUUGUUUCUGUUGUGCGUUUUAGCAAGGUGGUGAUGUUUAACAUGACAGUUGCAAAAGCCUGCCAUGAAUUAACUUAGGAACCUGUUGUGUGAUACUUUUUUAACAUAGA